AUGCCAGCGUCGCCGACGACGGCGCGACAAUAAUCGCCACAUUCACCUCGGUCACAAGAAUCAUUUUUGUAGCAAUAGAAUAUCGUGAGUUGGCGCAUUUUCAGCCCUAAUUUCCCCCGAUGUUUUGCAGCACAUGUAAAUAUAAUCUCUUCUCAUUUUUGCCGCGAUUUUUGUACGAACAAUUCAGACGGUAUAACAAUGUGUUUUUUCUCGUUAUUGCACUUUUACAGGUAAUUUUUUCCGUUAAAUUUCGCCCCAGAAAAUAAUUUCCAGCAAAUUCCGGAUGUUAGUCCAACUGGGAGGUAUACAACAGCUGUGCCAUUUUUGAUUAUUUUAUCAGUUUCAGCAUUGAAAGAGAUGUUUGAGGAUUUGGUAGGUUAUUGGGCAAGGAAUGCGUCAGCAGAAUGCAUUUUUUGAUCUAUGUUGCACCAAAAAUGCGUCAGCAAAUGUUCAUACAUUUGCUGACGCAUUUUUGAUAGCCGAUGUUCCAAUUAAAACCCGCCUGGACCUCGAAUUUUCAGUCAAACUUUGAUUUUGGCUGAAAAUUUUGGGUUCACGUGCAGGGGAACCUAUCGUCAAUUUUUUUUCUGCACUAAAAAUGCGCCAGCAAAAAUCUAGCUACUAGAAAUGCGUCAGUAAACGUUCUGACGCAUUUUUGAUAGCCGAUGUUUCCAUUAAACCCUGCCUGAAUCUCGAAUUUUCAGUCAAACUUUGAUUUUGGCUGAAAAUUUUGGGUUCACGCGCAGGGGAACCUAUCGUCAAUUUUUUUCUACACUAAAAUGCGUCAACAAAAAUUAUCAUACAUUUGCUGACGCAUUUUUGAUAGCCGAUGUUUUCAAUAAAACCCGCCUGGACCUCGAAUUUUCAGUCAAACUUUGAUUUUGGCUGAAAAUUUUGGGUUCACGCGCAGAGGAAUCUAUCGUCAAUUUUUUUUUCUGCACUAAAAAUGCGCCAAUCAAAUUCUAGCUACUAGAAAUGCGUCAGUAAACGUUCUGACGCAUUUCAGAUAGCCAAGAAUCCGAUGUUUCCAUUAAAACCCGCCUGAAUCUCGAAUUUUCAGUCAAACUUUGAUUUUGGCUGGGAAUUUUGGGUUCACGCGCAGGGGAACCUAUCGUCAAUGUUUUCUGCACCAAAAAACAUUCAAAAUUUCUAGAAACGUCGCCGUUCCGAUCACAAAGUCAACGGAUUCGCCGUCGAAAUUCUCGUCGCUGGAAAAUGGACGAAAAAAGAGUGGCGAGACGUGGAAGUCGGAGAAUUCAUCCGCGUCGACAAUGAUAGCUUAUUCCCCGCCGAUUUAUUAUUGAUCUCCUCCAGUGAACAACAAGGAAUGGCCUAUAUUGAAACAUCGAAUUUGGACGGCGAGACGAAUUUGAAAAUUAAACAGGCUUUGGAUAUCACAUCACCUCUCACUUCACCUGAGCAAUUGGCUAGAUUCCAAGCGGAGAUCACUUGCGAACCCCCCUCACGACAUGUUAAUGAGUUCAAUGGGAAUAUUGAUGUUGACGGGCAGGCGAGACAUUUUGGAAUUGAUCAACUUUUACUGCGCGGGGCUCGUCUUAAAAACACCGCGUGGAUUUUUGGAGCUGUGAUUUACACGGGACAUGAUUCCAAACUUUUGAUGAAUUCAAAACGCGCUCCAUUGAAAUCUGGAACCAUAGAUGUGAAAACCAAUUAUCGAAUAAUAUUCCUGUUUUUCGUUUUGGUAGCUUUGGCGAUUAUUUCAGCAAUUGGAAGUGAAUUUUGGAGACAAUCUAAUAUUCCGAACGCUUGGUAUUUGUCAUUUUUGGAGCAUGAUCCUAAAGGCUCAUUUUUAUGGGGUGUUUUAACAUUCUUUAUUUUGUAUAAUAAUUUGAUUCCGAUAUCUUUGCAAGUGACGCUGGAAAUUGUACGAUUCUUCCAAGCGAUUUAUAUCAACAAUGAUAUUGAGAUGUAUGACCCGAAUAGUGAUUCAUGUGCAAUUGCAAGAACUUCAAAUCUUAAUGAGGAGUUGGGACAAGUCAAAUUCAUUAUGUCGGAUAAAACUGGAACACUCACAAGGAAUGUUAUGAAAUUCAAAAGAGUUUCAGUUGGUCGGAAGAAUUAUGGGAAUAAUGAAGAUGAUGAAUUUGAUGAUGAAACAUUGUUGGAGGAUUAUAGGAGUGGAGAAUCACCGAUGAUUUUGGAGAUUUUGAAAAUGAUGGCGAUUUGUCAUACGGUUGUGCCGGAGAAGAAGGAGGGAGAGGAGUUGAUUUAUCAAUCGAGUUCACCGGAUGAAGCGGCGCUGGUUAGAGGGGCUGCCACGCAGAAGAUCACUUUUCAUACCAGGCAGCCGCAGAAAGUUGUUUGUGAUGUGGUGAGGGUUUUUUGGCGGGAAAAUUUGCGAUUUUUUGGUACCAAAUUAGCCUAGAACUUUUUGUUUGCCACGUGGAAAUCCUAUUUUUGAACUCAAAAUUUGAAUUUUCGAAUUUCGCGCUAUAAAAUCCACGUGUCAAAAUUCUUUACUCAUAAUUUUGGAAUUCGAAAUUUCGAAUUUCGCGCUAUAAAAUCCACGUGUCAAAAUUCUGAACACAAAAUUUUGAAAUUUGAAAUUUCGAAUUUCGAGCUAUAAAAUCCACGUGUCGGAAUUUCAAUGAAAAAAUGCCACGUGGCUCGAAUUUUCAACAGAAAAAUCGAUUUUUCCCAUUUUUUUCGAAUUUUCAACGGAAAAAUCGAUUUUUCCCAUUUUUUUCGAAUUUUCAACGGAAAAAUCGAUUUUCCCAAUUUUUUUUCGAAUUUUUAACAGAAAAAUCGAUUUUUCCCCAGUUUUUUCGAAUUUCAAGCUAUAUAAUCCACGUGUCAAAAUUCCAAGCUCUAAAUUUUGGAAUUUGAAAUUUCGAAUUUCGCGUCAUAAAAUCCACGUGUCCGGAAUUUUAAACGGAAAAUGCCACGUGGCUCGAAUUUUAAACGGAAACAAUUGAUUUUUUCCCAAUUUUUUGAAUUUUCAAUGGAAAAAUCGAUUUUCCCAAUUUUUUUUUUCGAAUUUUCAACAGAAAAAUUGAUUUUUACCAGUUUUUUCCGAAUAUUUGACAGAAAAUCCACGUGUCAAAAUUGCAGAAGGAAAAAGCCACGUGGCUCAAAUUUUCAACAGAAAAAUCGAGUUUUCCCCAGUUUUUUCGAAUUUAGCGCUAUAAAAUCCACGUAUCGAAAUUUCACAGGUAAAAUGCCACGUGGCUCGAAUUUUAAACAGAAAAAUCGAUUUUUCGCAUUUUUUAACAGAAACAUUCAUUUUUCCAAGUUUUUUUUUCGAAUUUCAAGUCAUAAAAUCCACGUGUCAAAAUUUUGGAAUUUCAAAUUUCAACAGAAAAAUCAAUUUUUCCAAGUUUUUCCCAGUUUUCCUCUCAAAAAAUCAAUUUUUCCAAGUUUUUGUCCAGUUUUUUCCAUUUUUCCAAUUUUUUUCAGCUUGGAAACGAUGAAACCUACGAAAUUCUGGAUGUUAUCGAUUUUACAUCGGAUCGAAAACGAAUGUCGGUGAUUGUCAGAGAUCAAGAGGGAAACAUCAAACUAUAUACAAAAGGAGCGGUGAGUUAGCUUGAAAUUGGGGGGUUUUGGGCAGAAAUUACCUCAGAAGUUGUGGUUUUUGAGGGAAAAUCGGCUAGAAAUCAAUAAAAUUGUCCUAAAAAUCAUGAUUUCGGGAAAAUGAAAUGAAAUUGAUUCAAAAAAUCAAAUUUUCAUGCAAAAAUAACCUAGAGAUCACCUAAUUUUCCAGGAUACUGUGAUUUUUGAACGGCUGAAAAAAGGAAGUGAAGAAGAUAUCCGAAAUUGUAGUGCACAUUUGGAAGAUUAUGCAUCAUUCGGUUAUCGAACCCUCUGUUUUGCUGUCAAAAAUUUGCAACCGGGAGAAUAUGAAAAAUGGGCGCCCGAAUAUAAAAAAGCGAUUCUGGCAAUUGACAAUAGAGCGCAAUUGCUUGCCCAGGCUGCUGAAAAACUGGAAAAUUCGAUGGAAUUGGUUGGAGCGACUGCGAUUGAGGAUAAAUUGCAAGAAUGGGUGCCGGAAACGAUUCAGGCGUUGAUGGCGGCGGAUAUUCGAGUUUGGAUGUUGACUGGGGAUAAAAGGGAGACGGCUAUUAAUAUUGGUGAGUAGUUUUUGGGUGGAUUUUGGUGAAAAUUUGGGAUUUUUGAGCAAAAAUAAUAAAUUUUGAGCUCGAAUUUGAGAAUUUCCGGGUUUUUUGAGCCCGGAUAUGCUCAGGAAGCUUUUUGAGCCGAAAUUUCGGGGUUUUUGAGCUCGAAUUUGAGAUUUUCCGGGUUUUUUGAGCCCAGAUAUGCUCAGGGAGCUUUUUUAGUCAACAUUUUGGGGUUUUUUGAGCCCAGAUACGUUCAGAGAGCAUUUUGAGCCAAAACUUUCGAUUUUUGAGCAAAAACGAUGAAUUUUGAACUCGAAUUUGAGAAUUUCCGGGUUUUUUGAGCCCAGAUAUGCUCCGGAAGCUUUUUGAGUCAAAAUUUUCAAUUUUUAACACACCUCGGCCAAAAUCGUGGUUUCCACAACAAAAAAUUGUACGCUAACUUUUUACAGUACAAAAAUUGUGAAUUAUUCAGUUUUUGUGUGAUUUUUUUUUGUGAUUUUUCAAUUUUUGACCUCUAAAAACUGAAAUUCAGAUCUUUCCAAAAAUUGUACUCUGGCCAGCCACGGCUUGGCCGAGGUGUGAUUUUUAAGCAAAAAUGAUGAAUUUUGAGCUCGAAUUUGAGAAUUUCUGGGUUUUUCGAGCCCAACAAUGCUCAGGAAGCUUUUUGAGCCAAAUUUCGGGAUUUUUGAGCAAAAAUGAUGAAUUUUGAGCUGGAAUUUGAGAAUUCCCGGGUUUUUUGAGCCCAGAUAUGUUCUGAGAGCAAAAAAUGUAUUUGAAACAUGAAAAGCUCAGACUAGACUCUAGUUUAGAAUAUUUUCAGACUUUAUUGUGACAAAAAUGCGGAAUAUUCAAAGCUAAACUUGAUUGCUCAUGUUAGCAAAUUCCACAAUUUUCAGCUCAUUCUUGUGCCCUUGUCCAUCCACAUACCGAAUUAUUGAUUGUUGAUAAAACCACCUACGAAGACACUUAUAAUAAAUUGGAACAAUUUGCACAAAGAGCAAUUGAACUCGAAAAAUUGGAAAAAGAAUUUGCGAUGGUAAUCGAUGGAAAAUCCCUUCUUCACGCGCUGACCGGCGAAGCUCGAAAACAUUUCGGUGAACUUGCACUCCGUUGCAACGCUGUUGUUUGUUGUCGAAUGAGUCCGAUGCAAAAAGCGGAAGUUGUUGAAAUGGUCCGAAGUUUGGCGAAAGAAGGUGUUGUGCUUGCGAUUGGUGAUGGAGCAAAUGAUGUGGCGAUGAUACAAGCGGCAAAUGUUGGAGUUGGAAUUAGUGGGGAAGAGGGAUUGCAGGUGGGUAUUGCUCAUUGGGAUUAAAAAAUCUGAAAAUCUCUAGAAAAUCUGAAAUUUGCGCGAAUUUUCUAGCUAAAAAUCGUGAUUUUCAGGGAAAUUCUGAUUUUUUAAACUCAAAAUUUCGAAGAGAUUUUGAAUUUUAGAGGUAUUUACCGAAAAUCCGCAUUGCUCAUGUUAAUAAUUUUCAAUUCAAAAAUUCUUAACAAAAUUAAAUAAAUAAUGAUUUCCAUUCAAAUAUCUGGAAAUCCAAAUUUUUUUUAAGGUUUUUAAGCCAAUUUUCUAGCUGAAAAUCGGGAUUUUUAGCCGAAAAUUUAAAAUUAAUAGCAAGAAAUUCGAAAAUUCCACUGAAAUUCCCUUUUUUUAGCUAAUAAUUUUGGAUUUUCAAGAGAAAAUCUAAUUGUUGAUUUCCAUCCCCACAUUUUGCAUCCCACAACAGAAUUUCAGCAAAAAUUCAAAAAUUGAAGCAUUGCUUAUGUUAAUAAUUUUCAGCACAAAAGUUCUUACAAAUCCUAAAUAAUCUCUUGAAAAAUAGGGUUAUGAGCCAAUUUUCGAGCUGAAAAUCCGGAUUUCCAGCCAGAUUUGGGAAAAAUUGGAUUUCCAGAGAAAUUCUGAUUUUCUGGUUUAAAUUUUCAGCAAAAAUUCAAAAUUCAGCUGAAAAUCUAGUUGCUAAACCAAAAAAAUGAACCAUUGCUCAUGUUGAUAGUUUUAAACCCAAAAGCUAAAUUUCAUCUUGAAAAAUAGGUUUUUGAGCCAGUUUUCUAGCUGAAAAUAGGGAUUUUUAGCCAAAUUUGGGAAAAGUUGGAUUUCCAGAGAAAUUUUUGAUUUUUUGGAUGAAAUUCUCGGAUUUUCAGCCAAAAUUUCUGCCGAAAUAAAACUUUCAAGCUGAUAAUUUGAGAUUUUCAGCAAAAAUUCGAAAAUAAAAUUUUACCUGAAAAUCUAGUUGCUACACUGAAAAAUGGUACCAUUGCUCAUGUUAAUAAUUUUCAACUUUAAAAUUCUUUCAAAAAUCUGAAAUUCUACUGAAAAUCCUGAUUUUCAGCUAGAAAAUCAAGUUUUUAAGCCAAUUUUCAGCCAAACAAUCAGCAAAAAAUCUAAUUUUCCAGGCAGCCUCAGCUUCUGACUACGCAAUUCCACGAUUCCAUUUCCUCCGAAGACUUUUACUAGUUCACGGAGCCUGGAAUCAUGAUCGAUCAGUCAAAGUCAUCCUAUAUUCAUUCUACAAAAACAUCUGUCUAUAUAUCAUCGAACUUUGGUUUGCCAUUUUCUCCGCCUGGUCUGGACAAACGAUUUUCGAACGAUGGACGAUUGGAAUGUUCAAUGUGAUAUUCACAGCGUGGCCACCGGUUGUUUUGGGACUUUUUGAUCAUCCAGUUCCAGCUGAACAGAUUAUGAAAUAUCCUGCAUUGUAUGCCAGUUUUCAGAAGAGAGCUUUUUCAAUUGGAGUGAGUUUUCAGCCCGGAAAAUUUUAUGCAUUUUGAGUUUUUCCAGAAUUUCUCCCUCUGGAUUGGUAUGGCUGUUGUCCACUCGUUAUCCUUAUUUUUCCUCACCUACUUCUACCUGGAAAAUCAAGUUGUAUGGGCCGAGGGUCGAACUGGUGGCUGGUUGAUGUUGGGAAAUUGUGCGUAUACCUAUGUGGUGGCCACGGUUUGUCUCAAGGCACUUCUCGAAUGCGAUUCGUGGACGUGGCCGGUUGUUGUCGCGUGUUUGGGCUCGAUUUUCCUUUGGAUGGUUUUUGUGGUGGCGUAUUCGUUGGUGAGUUGUGAAAAUGCGUCAGCAAAUGUCCUUGCUGACGCAUUUUUAGAUUUAUUGCUCAUCGAAAAUGCGUCAGCAAAAAAUACCUUUACUGACGCAUUUUUGAUAGCCAACAUGAUCUAUGUUGCACCGAAAAUACGUCAGCAAAUGUUCAUACCUUUGCUGACGCAUUUUUAGAUUUAUUGCUCAACGAAAAUGCGUCAGCAAACAAUACCUUUGCUGACGCAUUUUUAAAUUUAUUGCUCACCGAAAAUGCGUCAGCAAUCAAUACCUUUGCUGACGCAUUUUUAGAUUUAUUGCUCAACGAAAAUGCGUCAGCAAACAAUACCUUUGCUGACGCAUUUUUAGAUUUAUUUCUCACCGAAAAUGCGUCAGCAAAUGUUCAUACAUUUGCUGACGCAUUUUUGACACCCAAGUAUCCAAUUUUCCCAUUAAAACCCGCCUGGACCUCGAAUUUUCAGUCAAACUUUUGAUUUUGGCUGAAAAUUUUGGGUUCACGCGAACCUAUCGUCAAUUUUUUCUGGAUUUUUCAGGUCUUCCCACUUUUAUCGAAUAUUGGAGCCGAUAUGGCUGGAAUGGCCUAUAUAAUGUUCUCAUCCUACACUUUUUGGAUUGCACUUUUAUUCAUCCCAGUAGCAACUUUGAUGUGGGAUUUGGUGAUUAAAAGGUGAAUUUUUUGCGAUUUUUUUUAGAAAAAUUGGCAUUUUUCUCUAAACUCUCUCAAUAUUCUUCCAGUCUCUUCACAAUCGCUUUGCCAACACCCCGUGAACUUGCCGUGAUGUAUUCGAAACGGAAUUCGUCGAUCAAUGGAUUCGAACGGUUAGCCAGGUUCGCGUGUGCCUUUUUUCUAAACCAAAACCCUUUUUAUUCAAAUCACAAACUGGUGUUCCUUUCCCCUAAAAAAUCUUGCAGAAAUACGCACCUAGAUAGAGCAUGGGUCUGACCACGAAAUCUCCCUGGGGGUACUGUAGGAGGUAAUUUUGACAGAUGUUGUGUUUUUUAUGUUGGAGCAUGUUGAUUUUCCUUCUAUCUUUCUACCGUAUGUUUUAGUUGCGUCAGUAAACAUUUUUGCUGACACGAAAUUUGUAGCCUGUUGUCCUGUGAUUUUUUUCCAACGUAGUGUAGUUUUGAAGCCAGUUUGUGAUUGAAUAGAAAUGUUUUUUUUCUCUAACCUCUCUCUCUCUCUCUCUCUAUUUUCAAUUAUCUCUAGCUCAUGGGCUGCAAAUCAUGGACCAACAAAAGACGCGGCUACCGUAUUCGCCUCGAGAUUCAGUCUACGCAAGAAAAUCCAGCCGUCUCCUGAAAACUCGUGGCUGAAAAAUGAGCAGCAGAGCCCGGAAUACGGUUCCACAGAGAUGACGAAUUUUACACCGAAACGCCGAAAAUCGCCGCCGAUUUCAUAUGAAAAUGAGAGUUUUGUACCGGACCAGCAAGAAGAUGUGCCCCCGAAUGUGACACGAAUUGUGGUGAAUUUGGAUGAUGAAGAUGAUCGGAUUUAUAUGAAUGGUGGUGGUGGAAAAACGACAAGAGUUUGA